AUGCACGGUCUGACAAGAAGACUGCAGCCGUUUGCCUUUUCAUUCCUAGCAGCCAGUGCCUUGGGAGCUGGCGCGGAAAACCAAAACAUCCUAAUUCUGGAGCCAACCUCGCUCUACAACCUUCCUGCCACCUUCAAAGGCAAUUAUUCCCAAUCUUUCCUCCAAACUGAUGGGCUCUUCAAUGGUACAGCCCAAGAGGCUAGCUCCCAAAUGAGGAAGCCGUUUAUCGCAUACGACGACGAAUUUGCCAAUCUCCUCGCUGCCAACGCUACCCUGGAGCUUAUAUACAAUAGUUCCGACCUUAAGCCAGUGGCAGAUGAAAUGGGUAUCUGGGUUUGGGAUCAUAACCAGGUGUGGAUGUCCUCAGCCGGUAUAGACAAUGUCAGCUCCACCUACAUCCUGGAUUUGAACAACCACACAGUCAAGCCAUUUGACGUAUCGUCGAACGGGAUUUCAAUUGUCAAUCCGAACGGCGGUGGGUACUUCAAUGGGAAGUUAUACAUAGCCGGGGACGGCAAUAUGACUAUUCCACCGGCUAUUUACGAAAUCGAUCCAGUCACCCAUGAGGCGCAGGUGGUGGUGGAUAGCUAUUUUGGACUGAGGUUCAACGGGCCAAAUGAUUUAACCUGGGCCCAAAGAUGCAACAAAUCAUGGUUGUUCUUCACAGAUGACCCACUGAGCUACUACUUCAGCAACGGCGAAUAUCCCACUAUCCCUGAUGCCAUCUGGCGCUGGGAUCCCGCAGAGAAGACCCUACUUCCCGUCAUCGAUCGCACCGAUAUCCUCGUUCCCAAUGGCAUCCGGGUAAAUAAAGAUAGCACCAAGCUUUAUGUGACCGACACGCCGAGCACACCGAUCCCAGGCAGUGGGUUCGAGCAGGUAUCUUCGAUGGAGCUUUACUACGGUAGUGACAGCUCGGCAAUCUAUGUCUUCGACCUCAAUGAUGACGGUUUCCCGCACAACAAGCGCUUAUUCGGCAUCGCGCAACGCGGAAUUCCCGAUGGCCUACACCUUGAUGACAAUGGCCGCGUCUGGACAGGUGAGCAAGACGGAAUUGUGGUUCGCGGCCCGACUGGCAAAGUUCUCGGGAUGAUAAAUGCGUUGGCGAUUCAAGGAAAACAAGGUGUCGAUUCCGACAAAAUGCCAUUGCAGAAUUUUGCUUUAGCAGGAGACAAGGUUAUUGUUUUUGCAUUUAAUAAGAUCUACCAAGUUCAGCUAAGUCAUACCAUUGUGAAGAAUAUGACCUAG